UUUGUUUUGAAUCUAGAGAUUCAUGUUUACAAAAAGCUUUCCUAAAGUUGGAUUUUGCCUUCUUGGAGCCCUCAGGGUUGGCAAUGGGUAGAGGAGGGGAGGUGGAAUGCAGGCAGGAAGGUUUACAGGAUCAAUCUCCGAGUGGCGCUGCCUUUAGGAUUAGGAAACUUGGGCUGGAGCCCUAGCUCUGCCUAUGAACUCCAUUCACACUGCCUCAAAGCACUGAACUAAUCUAUUCCUGCAUCUCCACUGCCAGAGUCAGACUCCUUCCCCAAGCCUGCCCAGUCUUUCCUGCCCUUCCUUUUAUUAUUCCACAUCUUUUUCAUUCCUGCUUGUUGAUGCCCUUGACAACUGUAACUGACACAUGGCUACUCCCCCCCCCCCACCCAUUCUCCGGCAGUCUCAUAAUCAAGUCACCACCCAGUUUAAAAACAGCCUAGAUUGAGAAUCCGAAUUUCUUAACACUUUCCUAUGCAGCUCUGUCCCACCUCAUGACACUAUUACUUCAGUGGCAGCCUUCUGUUCCAGCCCGACUCGUCUAGUAGCUAACCCUUGAUUUUUGUUGAGGUCAUUCCUCGGCCUCUUUCUUAUCACCCCAAGCCCCUUCCCUGUAAGCUCACCUUGUUUUGUGUGAGGCCUGCUUAUAAUGUAUUCUUAAGGAAUAUUUGGUGAAUACUGAUGAAAGUGGACUGCUGGACACAAGGAUAAUGGCUUUGUACAAUGUAAUCAUUGUUCUCAAUCUAUUGUUCAUUUCAGCUCUAGCAAGAAGCCAGGAAGCUGGACAUUUAAGGAGACCUAUGAUCUUAGAAAAGUUGCUCUUCCUCUGUUUUCUUAUUUAUAAAAUGGAUUAAUAAAGAACUAUUAUGGUUUAUAACAAUGCAGUGUGUAAAAAGCAAAUACUUUAGAACUGUUUGUUUACGUUGUUGUUCAAAAGAUGAGACGAUUCUCUUUUGCUUCAGUCCUGGACAAGCUUCCUGGAACCCAUGACCCAUGAAGUCUUCUCAGCGUUCACACCGGCUGAGGGUAGCAGCGAAAGAGUAGAAGUAGGUGAGGUUUCCUGCUCAGCCUAGUAUCUCUGGCCCCUUGGCUCAGUCAUUUUUUCAUGAUUUUUUGUUACCACUUGAAGAUAGUAUUUUUCAUUCUUAAGUAUUGAAAGAGUCCAACUUUGGGUGGAAUCUGGACUAACUUCAGGUCAGUUCUAGUUCAACUCAGUCAAAGCCUGUGCUAGCCAUGUGAACCCCCCACCCCCUUGUCCCGAAGAAAACUUUGUCAGACAAGUCAGAUACAAACCACGUACUGUGGGAUUUGGAGUCUAAGCUUGCUGUGGAAAAGUCCUGCUUAGGUUGGGGUGAGGAAAGCCUUGUGUUUAUGUCUCUGUCAUUGGUAUCACAGUGAAUGCCUUGUGGUCUGAUGUACCAGGGAGUGUUUAUCUCACGAAAACCAGAGAGAUUGUACUUCUUCUCAUCUUCUGACAUAAAGUUAGGAAAUAAUUUCUCUUUUCCUAAUGAUGAAUUUGGCCUUCUCUUCAAAGAAGGCCUUUGAUGUUUGGGACAGGAUUACUGGGCAGUAAGAGGAAAUCAUAGCAGAAGGACCAUAGCCAGUAAUAGACAGUCAAUUUCAUUCAGUUGCCAGAGAAAAUGUUGAGGAAAGUCUCAACUACUUUUCCUGGUUGGUAACAGCAAAGUGCAUAAUAUGGGCAGGGUAAGUAGAGUUGAAGAAAAAUAACCCAAAAGGAGCUGAGCAGUGGAAAGUAUGGCAAAGACAUGUUUAUGCUUCUCCAAAAUGACUUUGGACAGUGUUGGACAAGAUGAGGGUGAUGAAGUAUGUGUUGGUUGGAUCCUUCAUCCUUUCAACAAGGUUUGAUUGAGUACUUGCUGUGUGCCUGGCACCACGGCGUGGGCUGGCAGGGAUCAAUACCAGAGCCCAUGUCCAGAUCCUGUGACUGAUGGGGAGGGAAAGGCAGGGAGGUGCCAUGUGAACUCUCCUGUUAAAGCACUGGGGGUGGGGCGAUUAAAAAAGACUCCUUAAAGGAGGGGAGUCAAAAGCUCAGGCUGAGUCUUAAAGACAAAGAUGGAACUGGCAUUACCUCUGCCCCCCCGUAUGUGCUGUUCAGUAUUUUCUCCCUGAAAACUCAUUUUUCUUUAAUGAAGGAUAGGCCUGAGUAUGCUGGAAACAUGAGAUUUCAAGUUCAGAGUAGUUUUUUGGUUUUUUUUUUAAUUUAAAAAAAAGUUGAAACCUGGUGUCUCUGCAUUGAAUGCAAGAAUCUCAGAAAUCUGGGUUUUAGACAAGUUUCUAAAAUCAAUCACUGAAUAGUUUUCAGGGGGAAAAGGAAAAAUGUAUGGAUUUUUUUUCCCUUUCUUGUCUACUUCAGAUUUUCGUUAAGAACUGUAGAAACAUGUGCCUGAAUGAAGCUUUUUACCUUUCAAUUCCUUUUGCCAUUUGUUCAACUUUCUGCAGUAGGUUUGCUUGGCUCUAAAAUCAUUCUCAGAGUACCAAGACAGGGGACAUUUAUUUUAGGGACAUAGUAGUUGCUGGGCUCUCCAGUUGCCCAGAAACUUCCUUGGCUGCUGAAAGAUAAAUAUCACAAAGGAUGGGAGCUACAGGUAAGGGGAAGGGGGCAUGGGGAACUGGCUGGCCUUGGAGGCCCCCUCCCAGACUGGCCUGGAAUUGGAUUCUGGAAGAGAGCCCUCCCCCACCUUCCCUGGCUCUGCCAAGACUUUUCCAGUUUAGUCCCAGCCAAGUGCCUUUACUAGUCUGAACUUACCUAACAUUACAAUCCCAGCAGGUUUAUUAGGUAUGGGUCACGGUUAAUUGGAGAGGAAAAUUGGGGGGUUCGGGGUUUAUUAGUUUUCUAUGAAAGCGGAGGCUGCUCUUAAUUAUUUCACAAAUCGUCUUCCCCACUUGACUGUCUGUUUUCUGUCUCAUGACUAUCAUCCCACAGUGGUGCUAGGGUGGCUCUUCCUCCUUACACAGCUGUGCCCAAGAGAGAGAUUUAAUAAUGCCAUCAGUCAGCACAGUGCCCUCUUUUGCAAGUGAGACCACAUAGAGUCAUGGAAACUCACAACUGUUUACCUCUGUCAUUAUGAAUGGAUGUUUUGUAGUGAACAAAUUAUGUAAGAAUCUGCUGUAUUAUAGCCAAGAGUUAGAUCGUCCAAUGUAUAGGCCUCUGAAAUAAUCACCUGCAGCCCUUCGUGGAGAUUUUUGGUGGUCUGCCAUCUGUGAAGGGCUCACAGUCAGGUCCUUUUCAUUCUGUGGGCUUCUGUUGCAGAGAUGGUAGCUGGGGAGUUAGGCCUGGCUUUGCCGGUCUGGACCGUGGCAGCUUGCCAGCAAGUUUCGCUGGGUGGUCUUUGACAAUGGGAGAAGGGGGUUGGGGGAGCUCAGCUCUCCUCCCCAAAGAGGAACAACAAGGUGGCUUUCUAUAGGUGGGUUUCACAUCGGCAGCCAAUCCCCUUGUCACUGACAACACCACACAGGUCUUGAGUGCUGGUGAAAAGAAUUGAACAGGUUGCCUGAAAGUGGUGUUGUGAUGGAGUUAAUUUUUUCCCCCUGAUUUUACAAAUGAAGCCUGGUGUUUAUGUGGCGAGUCUCCCUCCCAAGAGGGUGAGCACACGUGAGCAGCAGGUUGCCCUUCAUCCUGUGAAGGAAGAAUCGUUAUUCUCACUUGUCAGGGGAGAAGCAAAACCCCUGGUGCAGCCUCUCACCCCAUGGCUUAGGCCAGGGAUCAGCCAAGGACCCGGAGUGCAGGCCGAGUUGGGCUAGUCUCAGUGCCGGAGAGGCAGCAGUGCCCACCUCUGCCAUCCUUCCUGCGAUGGGGAGAAUGAUAGCUGCCAUGUGUGAGCACCUACUGUGUGCCAGGCCCCGGGCUAAGCACUACAAGCAUUGUCCCCAGCAGUCUUGUGAAGAUAGUUAAGAACUAUCUAUUUAGUCUAGUUAUCCUACUCUACAGAUAAAAGAGCUGAAGCUUAAAUAAUUGUAGUGACUUGUUCUGGUCUCACAGCUGGUAAGUGGCAGAGCCAAGAUUUCAUUUCAGGUCUGCUGACUCUAAAACUCGAGUUUUGCAGGGGAAAAAGAAAAUGCCCAGGCAAGCUUUCUUCCAAAGCAGAGCCCCCUUAGCUUGGGAGAACUGUUUCAUUUGCAGCUAACAGAGUGUAAGGGGCAGGUGGCGCCCUUUAUGAGACUUCCUCAAGAGACUGAAAUUUAAAACUGGGGCUACAACUAGAAGGUCUUGAAUGGCUCAACAGCAGCAGCCUGAGGGGAGCCGGGCUCUGUGGCUCAGACUUUGCAGCCAGAGGCUCUGUGGCUCAACUAGUGUCAGGCUUCACAGGCAGUGGCGAAAGCCGCGUCCAUCAUGGGUUUCAUCACAGAACAUGUUUCAGCUCCCCCCACCCCAGGAUGUUGUCUGAAUUGGCUGUCCUGAGUCUCUGCUUCCACUAUAGCUGCCAGACGAAUCCAUUUGCUCCUAGGAUCUCUGCAAGUCUGAUCAAGCAGGCUCUUCGUGUUCUUGGUGGAGUGAGGGGGAGAAGGUGUUUGGCCCAGGAGAUACUUUUACUGGUCAGGAGAAGUGGCAGCUUGUAUAGAAAAAUACCCUGGGGAAGGAAGUAGCAGCUUUGACAGACAGGUAACUGACAGAAGAUGCUACCUUCCAGGCAAAUACUCACAGGGCAGCCAGCAAAAAGAAUUCGACAGGCAGUUACCUGCAGAAGAGCUAAGCAGACCUCUCCCUGCUGGCUUAGGAGGGUGGUGGAGAUUUGGCUGCAGACGACAUGUGGUUACCUUUGUUCCUUGUUUUUCUUUAACAAACAUGGAAAGCCUUAAGCCAAGGUGUUCUGGGUUUGAGGGCACACAGGACACCUGAGUUUAAGAUAUAAUUAUGUGACCGACUACUUGGGAAAUGGAGAGGAAGUCAUGGAAACCCUCUGCCUUUAUUCCCGUCCUCACAAGCAGCCUUCUCAGAACACCACAAGGAGGCAGUGAAAUGUGAGAAGUGUUCCUCCAAAAGAGGAAGACUUUUGAUUGAAAAUGUUCCUUCUUACCUCAAAAGCCUAAGGUCUGUGGCAUCUGUGCUCACCCAAGAUGAGUUUGGAGAUGAGAAAUUUAGGGAAUUUGUCAGAGGUGAGAGUCUGGACAUACAGGAUGCAUCUGCUUCUGUGGUUGUGCUUCUGUUUUCCAAGGGCAGGAGCCUGGAUUGGAAGCACUUUGGUCAUAUUGUCAGAAACCCUCCUGUAUCCCUCCAGCUAAGCUGCCUUUGCCUCCCUGUUGGACAAAGCAAUGAGGGGUUUCAAGAUCCUACAGGAGUUGAGGAAGGAAAAGAACUCAUGGCUAAAGAAUUCUGGCUAACCUUCCUUGAGAGGGGCAGGAACAACAGAGUCUGGGGGGUUUCUGGGGGAUCCCAUCUGAGAGGACAGAAGUCUGGAAUGAAUCUUAUUAGAAGAAGGGCGAAGUGCUGGGGGAAGAUGGUUGAUGAAGGAGGGAGUGGUGUUUCUAGAGUCACUUCCAGGUUUGAGAUUGAGCAGCAUUCUGGUGGAGAGAAGGCUUCAGAACAUGCUUUCAGUCCUGGCUUUGCCAGUUGCUAGGUGUGUGAGCCUGGGCAAGUCUCCUAAACUCUGAGACCCCAGUUUCUUAAGUUAUUGCAAAGGGGAGGCAAGGUAAAGUGCAUGAAAUGCAUUGGGAGCAAUCAGUAGAAGGUAACUGUUGAUAUUUGGAAAGGAAGGAGGAACAGAAUGAAAGGAGGGUUAUUGAUGGGGUUGGGCAGCUGGAAGGAUGAGUGGUGCAAGGUCCUGCUGAAGGAGCCUGCAGUGGCUCAAGAUCUACAGCGAUAAAGAAAUUCAAGGAUGGGAGGAAGAAGAGCUGGCAGUAGGCGGCCCGAGUGCACCAUUCCUUACCAGGCCUCCGGUAGAUAAUCUCUUCCUCCAGCUUCCGCUCUGCUUCUUCCCCAACUCAGCUUUCCCAUUCAAGCAAUUAUGCCCCAAAUCUUGGAUUCAGCCUUGACUCUGUUCUUGCUUUCACACUCCGCUUUACACUGGCAAAUAGUGUUGCCCUUAGCCUUCAGAAUGUUUCCAGAAUCCUGCAGCUUCUCACCACCCUAGUCUUCUAUCAACAUUUCUGACCCAGAUAUUGCAGUGGAUCCGCAAGUGUUCUCCUUGCUUCAGCCCUUCCCUGACCCUUCCACCCCCCACCCCAUGGUCUGUGCUUCAUAGAAAAGUCAAUGUCACACUGUUGAAACAGAAGCCAGUGGAGGUCAUUUCUCCGUUCAUAACUCUCCAUAGCUUCCUGUUUCAUUCAGAGAAAAUAUCUAUAUACCUUGCAGUGCCUUCUUUCACCUCACCUUUACCCCCUCACCUUACCUCUCCUCCCCUCCUUACCCAACACACAGCCUCCUUGUUGUGCAUUAGCCUCCUUGUUGCUCCUUAAACAAACUAGCUAAGCAGCCUCCCUCCUCAGGGGCUUUGCACUUGCCCUGCCUGCUCCCUGGAAGGCUCCUCCCCCCCAGGCACCUGCACAGCACCCUCCCUCAUUUCAUUCAGGCCCUGCCUCAUGGCCACCUUGACCUGGCCACCCUUUAUUAAAUAGCACUCCCACCCUCAUUCUGUCUCCCCUCAACCUAAUUCAUUUUUCCUUAACAUUACACCUCCUGGCAUAUUUAUUUGUUCAUUUGCUUAUUGCCUGCUUCCCACUAGAACCGAAGAUCCAUGAGAUUAGGGACUUUGUUUUGUUCCUCACCGUUUCCCAGUAGAAUCUGAUAGAGCAGAAUCUCCUAGAGUAGAAUCUGGUAGGAAAGUGGUGCUCAAAUGUUGUUUGUUUGUUUGCUUGUGUGUUUUUGCUAGUCUGCAGGACUCUUCUGAAUCUCAAAUGGGACAUGCUAAGAGUUUUAAACAAAAUGAAAUAAUUUCAUGUGGAUUUACAUAAGAAAAUGUAUUCUGGGGUAUUCUAAUGUUACAGUCUCUGUUUCAGAAAAGCCAGGAAGCAAUGUGCAAGGCUGCUGUAGAAAGAUCCCAGUUCCUUUUCUUUUCCUCAAGGGGACUGACUGCAGGAAUGUCCAUGGGUGUGGACAUGUCAUGGGUGUGCCAGUUGUUCCACCUCUUGGGGGGAUAGGGGAAGGGACUCCCUUCCUCAUCACUCACCCAAGGGGGAUCUGGUGAAUGUCUGCUUUAUGGCCAGCACUGUGCUCAGCCCGGCUCGCUGUCUCAUCCCACCAGCAGUUGACAGCCUGAUCAUUCAUCUAGGAUUUCCUAACUGUGCCUGGGCCAUCCACUUUGCCACUCUCCUCCUUUAGCUGACUGAGUGGAAUUACAGUUCUGUCAAAUCUGCUUUGAAACCACAGGCCCAGGACAUGGAAUGAAUUUGAGAAUAGUUCAGCUGCGCACACACGAGGGCCUGGUGGGGCCGGGCACACAGGAAACAAAGAUGGAGAGUUGACAAGCUAUGAAAGUGAGGAACAGCAUGUUUGGAUGUCCACCUAGUCGGGGGCAUAUCUGACUUCAAAUUGCAUCUCAGUCAUUUCUGACUUGGUUCUAGAUUUAGAAGCUGAGGAAGAAAAAAGGGAUAAAGAUCCCGGGAGGUUUUGUGCAGACAGCAAUGGUGAAAAACAUGCCUGAGAAAUUAUACAACCAGAUCCCCAAACCCAAUGGGUAUGCAUCUCGGGAAGAUGGGAGAAUAGUCCAAGCCUCCUCUUUCAGUUUUGUUUUGUAUUGUUUUUAAUUAAUAGUACUUUUUUUCCCCAGAAGUUUUAGGUUUACAGAGAACAUUAAAUGAAAAAUACAGAGUUGCCAUACUGAUUUGCCCCUAUUACUUAACCCCCACCAAUUUCCCCUAUUAUUAACAUCUUUUGUUGGUGCAGUACAUUUGUUAUAAUUGAUGAGCCAGUAUUGACACAUUAUUACCAACUAAAGUCCAUAGUUUACAUUAAGGUUCACUCUUUGCAUUGUGCCUGUCCUGAGUUUUGACAAAAUACCCACCAUUACAGGAGCAUACAGAAUACUACUUUCACUGCCUAAAAUCCACCGAUUCCUCUCUCCUUCCCUUGCCCCAGCCCCUGGCAACCACUGAUCGACUUACUGUCUCUCCAGUUUUGCCUCUUCCAGAAUGUCAUUUGGUUAGAAUAACACAGUUUGUAGUCUUUGCAGAUCAACUUCUUUCACUUGGCAACCUCCUUCAACUUAAAACAUGGCUUUCUCGCCCUCCUGGCCCCAUACACGUAUGUAGCUGGGGCUGGAGAAGGAGGGGCCCAAAGCUGUGUGCUGAGACUGCUCCCCCACCCCAAGCAGAGCCCCUCAGAUCUGCAGUGUGAUCCCUUUAUCAUCUUCCCCUGAAUGUCCCUGGCCCUGGUGCUACUGGAGUUUAACCCGGGCUGGUAAGCUGUCAGGAGCUGCCUGUGUUUGGGUUCCACAUCUGGAAGAAUCAGCUGUGCAGACCCUCCCGUUCCCUUCUGAAAUGGAAAGACAGGAGGAGCACAUGGGGCUGUUUGCCUUCCUCCUCGGUAGUUUGUUUUACUUGCUUUGGAGCUGCGGACAGGCGGUGGGGAAGUGAGGUCCCCUGGGCAGGCAGCCCUCCUGCACGCCCACGCCCACAUCCGGUGGCGGUGGCCGCAGGUCUCUCAGCCUCUGAAGUCGCUGCCGUUCAGUCCUGCCGGGUGCCUGUUGAGCCCUGGGAGUGAUCGAGCACUGGGGCCUGUUUUGUGGUCAUUAGGAGGAAGACCAAUGAGGUGCAAAGAGAUUGAGGACAUUGUCCCUGCCAAGAGCAGUGUCACAGGGGACUGCGGUACCUCUUUGAGUGACCCCGGCGGCUUAUGGGACGUUGGCUUUGGACCUUCUGUGACACACCAUGCUGCGUGGGAUGGCGAGGACGCAGAGAGGAGGGACGCCUGGGGUCACCCUGGCUUACCUCCUCUUAGCCACCGCAGGCUGCUUCGCUGACUUGAACGAGGUCCCUCAGGUCACCGUGCAGCCCGCGUCCACUGUCCAGAAGCUCGGAGGAACUGUGAUCCUGGGCUGUGUGGUGGAGCCUCCGCGGAUGAACGUCACCUGGCGCCUGAACGGGAAGGAGCUGAAUGGCUCAGAUGAUGCUCUGGGUGUCCUCAUCACCCAUGGAACCCUAGUCAUCACUGCCCUCAGCAACCACACCGUGGGACGCUACCAGUGUGUGGCCCGGAUGCCUGCGGGGGCUGUGGCCAGUGUGCCAGCCCCUGUGACGCUAGCCAAUCUCCAGGACUUCAAGUUAGACGUGCAGCACGUGAUCGAAGUGGAUGAGGGGAACACAGCGGUCAUUGCCUGCCACCUGCCCGAGAGCCACCCGAAAGCCCAGGUCCGGUACAGCGUCAAACAACAGUGGCUGGAGGCCUCCAGAGAUAACUACCUUAUCAUGCCCUCGGGGAACCUCCAGAUUGUCAACGCCAGCCAGGAGGACGAGGGCAUGUACAAGUGUGCGGCCUACAACCCCGUGACCCAGGAAGUGAAAACCUCUGGCUCCAGCGACAGGCUGCGCGUGCGCCGCUCCACCGCGGAGGCUGCCCGCAUCAUCUACCCCCCGGAGGCCCAGACCAUCAUUGUCACCAAAGGCCAGAGUCUCAUCCUGGAGUGCGUGGCCAGUGGGAUCCCACCCCCACAGGUCACAUGGGCCAAGGAUGGGUCCAGUGUGACUGGCUACAACAAGACACGCUUCCUGCUGAGCAACCUCCUCAUUGACACCACCAGUGAGGAGGACUCGGGGACCUACCGCUGCAUGGCCGACAACGGGGUCGGGGCACCGGGGGCAGCGGUCAUCCUCUACAACGUCCAGGUGUUCGAACCCCCCGAGGUCACCAUGGAGCUGUCCCAGCUGGUCAUCCCAUGGGGCCAGAGUGCCAAGCUGACCUGCGAGGUGCGUGGGAACCCCCCGCCCUCCGUGCUGUGGCUGAGGAACGCCGUGCCCCUCACCUCCAGCCGGCGCCUCCGGCUGUCCCGCAGGGCCCUGCGCGUGGUCAGCGUGGGGCCCGAGGACGAAGGCGUGUACCAGUGCAUGGCCGAGAAUGAAGUGGGGAGUGCCCAUGCUGUGGUCCAGCUGAGGACUGCCCGGCCAGGUACAACCCUGAGGCCCCGGCAGGAUGCCAGGCUGGCCACUGCCACCCCCCCUGCGCCACCCCCCAGACCCGGCCGCACCGAGCAGAUGCUGAGGGGCCAGCCGGGGCUCCCCAGGACGCCGCCGUCAGUGCAGCCUGCCUCCCCGCAGUGCCCAGAUGAGAAGGGGCAGGUGGCCCCUGCCGAGGCCCCCAUCAUCCUUAGCUCACCCCGGACCUCCAAGACAGACUCGUACGAGCUGGUGUGGCGGCCUCGACACGAGGGCAGCAGCUGGGCGCCGAUCCUCUACUACGUGGUGAAGCACCGCAAGCAGGUCACAAACUCCUCUGAUGAUUGGACCAUCUCCGGCAUUCCAGCCAACCAGCACCGCCUGGCCCUCACCAGACUCGACCCUGGGAGCCUGUACGAAGUGGAGAUGGCAGCGUACAACUGCGCGGGGGAGGGCCAGACAGCCAUGGUCACCUUUCGAACUGGACGGCGGCCCAAACCCGAGAUCGUGGCCAGCAAGGAGCAGCAGGUCCAGAGAGAUGACCCUGGGGCCAGUCCCCAGAGCAGCAGCCAGCCGGACCACGGGCGCCUGUCCCCCCCAGAAGCUCCGGACAGGCCCACUAUCUCCAUGGCCUCUGAGACUUCCGUCUAUGUGACCUGGAUUCCCCGAGGGAACGGUGGGUUCCCGAUCCAGUCCUUCCGGGUGGAGUACAAGAAGCUCAAGAAAGUGGGAGACUGGAUCCUGGCCACCAGUGCCAUCCCUCCCUCGAGGCUGUCCGUGGAGAUCACAGGCCUGGAGAAAGGCACCUCUUACAAGUUCCGAGUGCGGGCUCUGAACAUGCUGGGGGAGAGCGAGCCCAGUGCCCCCUCCCGGCCCUACGUGGUGUCCGGCUACAGCGGCCGCGUGUAUGAGAGGCCCGUGGCAGGCCCCUACAUCACCUUCACGGAUGCCGUCAACGAGACCACCAUCAUGCUCAAGUGGAUGUAUAUCCCAGCAAGCAACAACAACACCCCAAUCCAUGGCUUUUAUAUCUACUAUCGACCCACAGACAGUGACAACGAUAAUGACUAUAAGAAGGAUAUGGUGGAAGGGGAUAGGUACUGGCACUCCAUCAGCCACCUGCAGCCAGAGACCUCCUACGACAUUAAGAUGCAGUGCUUCAACGAGGGAGGGGAGAGCGAGUUCAGCAACGUGAUGAUCUGUGAGACCAAAGCUCGGAAGUCUUCCGGUCAGCCUGGUCGUCUCCCGCCCCCAACCCUGCCCCCGCCACAGCCACCACCUCCCGAAACCAUAGAGCGGCCAGUGGGCGCGGGUGCCAUGGUGGCGCGCUCCAGUGACCUGCCCUACCUGAUUGUCGGGGUCGUCCUGGGCUCGAUCGUCCUCAUCAUCGUCACCUUCAUCCCCUUCUGCUUGUGGAGGGCCUGGGCUAAGCAAAAACACACAACAGACCUGGGCUUUCCUCGGAGUGUCCUCCCACCCUCCUCCUGCCAGUACACUAUGGUGCCGUUGGGAGGACUCCCGGGCCACCGGGCCAGCGGACAGCCGUACCUCAGUGGCAUCAGCGCUCGGGCCUGCGGCGGUGCGGUACCUGUGAACAGGGGCUGCCCCGCGGCGGCAGUGGGCUGCCCAGGCGUGAGACCCCAGCAGCAUUGCCCCGGGGAGCUUCAGCAGCAAAGUGAAACCAACAGCCUGCUGAGGCAGGCCGCUCUGGGCAAUGGAUUCGACCCCCAGAGUCACCAGCUCAUCAGGGGGCCCAAGUCUAGCCCGGACGAGGGCUCUUUCUUAUACACACUGCCUGAUGACUCAACUCACCAGCUGCUCCAGCCCCACCAAGACUGCUGCCACCUCCAGGAGCAGCCGGCUGCCACGGGCCAGUCAGGCAUGAGGAGUGUCCCCGAGUGUCCUGGACUGGAAGCAACAUGGGGCUCCCCUUUUCACUCAGGGCCCCCGUGCUGCUUGGGCCUUGUACCAGUUGAAGAGGUGGACAGUUCUGACUCCUGCCAAGUGGGCAGAGGAGACUGGUGUCCCCAGCACCCCCCAGGGGCCUACGUAAGACAGGAACCUGGGAUGCGGCUCUCUCCCAGCCCACCGGUACAUGUGUCCUUUGAAACACCACCUCCCACACUUUAGGCAGAAGCCAAUAUUCCAGAAAGACUAUACAUUUUUUUUAAAGAGAAAGAGAAAAAAAUGGUAUUUAUUUUUCUAUUAUAGCCAUAUUUAUAUAUUUAUGCACUUGUAAAUAUAUGUAUAUGUGUUUUUAUAAUUCUGGAGAGACAUAAGGAAUCCUCCCCUUUGAGGCACAAGAGGGAAAACAAAGAAGCCACAACAUUAACGGGAGUCAAGCAGGAACGAGUAACACAGACCGGCCGGAACACAGACUCCUCACUUGGAACCUCUGCAACCGCGGGAGGCUGCAGGAGGCCCACGGAGAAGCCGACGGCGCAGAAUCCCGCAGAAUCCCGGCUCAGUGUUCACGAUGACCACGAGGGAGAGGGAGGGUCCCGGCAUCACAGCCUGGAGAACCCGUGAAGGUGGCUGGAGCUGGAGCCACGGGAAGUGUUUUCCUAAGAUGCCCAUGAGAACAGACUAAGAUGUGUACAGCACUAUAAGCAUUAACAAACCUUCCAGAAUCAAUAAUCUGUGGCAGCGUAUCUUUGUAAAAACAAACACUGUAACUUCUAAAUAAAUGUUUAGUCUUCCCUGUAACCUUCAA